AUGAUAUCAAAGGAGGAUUCAGCGGAAUCGAACGACACAUAUAAUAGAAUAUCGAGUGAUUCGGGGUUUGACGAUGAAGAAGUAUCUAGUGUCUCAUUGAGCGACUUGUCGUUGGAAGAGAACCGUCGAGAAAGAAGACAGGAGUCAUCGACGCCGCCAACGCCCAGUUGUAUGGCAUAUUCGAGUUGUGGUUCAGUAUGCAAAACUGAUCCUAUCAUUGAAUGUUCCUCUUCGGGCCAAAACGAAAUCAUAGCUCCCAAACCGACGCCAUUUAUCGAAUCCAGCCAGGACGAAUUUUUGCUGUUCAUAGAGCCUUCGCCUGUGCUCCCACCAAACUAUAAUCUUUUACCGCCAGGAGGAUGUCCCAAAUUCCCGCUCCUAGCGCCCAUUAACGCAGUGGAAGAUAAUAUUUUACCGCCGUAUACCCCGAGCGUAUACAAAAUAGGAGUGGUUUGUCGUAAGAUAGAGUGGUUAUCGCCAUACGAACCCAGUCCUACCAGAUCCUGGAAAAACGUCAUCAUAGAAUUAAACUCAACUCAACUAAAUUUCUAUGCAAUCCCGGGGCCUGUGGAAAACCACGUCUUAUCUUUCAAACCCUCAGUAACACCAAGAGAAAGAAUGUUUAACGAUACUGAGGAAGAGGAAAUGACUUGUAUCAAUUCGGGGUUAACCUCGAGUGCCGACUUACAAUUUUUCAAAUAUACUCAGCGAUUAGGCUUGCUUAAUUCGUUAGACGACGAAUCUCCAAAUACGAGUAGCUCUGGGUUUUCUAGUUUGACAGGUAAAUCUAGAUCAAAGAAUAAGAGACUACUUAGAUCAUAUUCUUUGCAGCAUGCAAGAUUGGGAUUGGCAACUGAUUACAAGAAGAAGCCUAAUGUUUUAAGAGUUAGGAUUGAGAGUGAACAGAUUUUGCUAAAUUUUUCGACGACACAAGAUCUUAUUGACUGGCAUGCUGCAUUUUGCAGUGGUAGGGAUGUUUCACUAGAUAUUCUGCAAAGAGAAUUACCGAGGGAAAGGACACUUCCUAGAAGACGGAGAAGAAGAAGUAGAAGUAGAAGCAGAAGGAACUCACAAAAUUCAUUUGCAUCUGGAAAUGACUCGUUCCUGAGUCAGUUUGCUUCUUCUAAUGGCGAAUCUAGUAAAUUAAAAGACAAGGUUCUAAGAUUCAAGUCUAAAUUCCUGUCACGUACAAAGAGUGUUGAUUUAUCGAAGUCGGAUGAUAAGAAUUCUCUCGCAUCAAUCUCCAAUGCCAAUUUACAAAGAGCACGGUCACCUUCACUUCCAACCUUUAAUAUUUCAAACUUCGGCGCUGCUGCUGAUGAUGAAGAUGAUGAUGAUGACGAUAGCGAGAACCUUUAUACUCUAAACGAGUACAGGGGGACACAAAAUAAUAGGAGCCACGUUAAUACAUUACGAGACGAUGAUUAUGAAGAUGAUAUCCAGAACUUGAGCGAUCUCCAUGCAUCUGAUGACGAAGAUGAUGAAGAAUUUGAUUGUAAUAUAGAAGACUUCAAUGAGAAUAAUGAUAGUAAUGGUAAUGAUGAUAAUGAUAAUGAGAAUGAGAAUGAAAAUAAUGAAGAGAAUCAAGGUAAUAGAGAACGUCUGGCAUCGAUGGCUAGACGUUUUACGUUACCAAGCUCAGUUUCAUCCUCGAGUAAUAACUAUAAAUGGUAUCCUUCAUUGGAAAAGCCCCAAAGUCAAAGAAAAUAUUAUCGUAACUGUCUCAGGUGUAUUAAGCCACUAACCGCAGAAGACGUCUGGGUUAAUAGGUCUGUGGUCAAGCCUACUACGCUUUCACCAAUUAGCUUUGCAUAUUUACGAAAUAUCAAAUAUGCGAAUUCUAACUCGACCAGCUCCUCGAGCCUUCCUAGUUUAGGAUCUCAGGUCGUAUCUGCAUCAUACGCAAAUACUCAAAGCUCCAGGAAGAGAAGUCUUUCUUUCAAAGAUGGUGCAUUUACAUUGCCCGAAGUUGCAUUGACGAGACUACCAAAUCACUUCCUUAAAGAAUAUUUGGUGGGCUCACAUGGAUUAAUUCCAAAAGAAGUUUAG